AUGAAUAUAUCAAUGUCAUCAGUUAAUUCUGUUCAAUAUCCAUUAAAUUUUAAUGAUAAUAAUAUUGAGAAUCAUUCCCUAUCAUCACCAUUACUUCCAUUAAAUGAUGUAUGGAUACUUCCAAUAUUUAUUCUUUGUUUAUUUGGUAUAUUAUGUACAAUAAUAAUAUCAUUUUUAUUUAUAUAUUUAUCAUAUCGUCGUUUGAAUGGUCAUUUUUUAUUAACACAUUUAUUUAUAUGUUUUAGUGUAUGUUUUAUUUAUAUAAUAAUAAUCAUUUUUUUAAUACGUGCUAAUGAAUUAUUUUGUGGUUUAAGAGAAUUUUUAACUCAAUUUGUUUAUGUUUUAUUAUUUUCAUCAUUAUUAUGUCGUUAUAUAAUGCAAUGGUUAGGUUCAAGAAUAUUAUCAAAACGAACAAAACAAUUAACAUCAUUAUUAAUAUAUUUAUUACUUAUAUUUAUACAAAUACCAAUUGGUAUUUUAUGGUGGUAUUUUACAAUUCCACGUAGUUGUCAACAUCGACAAAUGAAUAUAUUAAUAUCAUCAGCAGAAAUUCCAGAAUUUAUAUUUGAUUUUCAAAAAUCAAUUAUAUCAUCAUCAUCAUCAUCUAUAAAAUCAUGUUCAAAUCGUUGUAUUGUUGAUUAUCGUUUUUAUGCAACAUUUACUUAUACAAUAUUAGAAUUAUUUUUUUGUACAAUAAUUGCUACAUGUUUAUUUUUCUAUCGUUGUUGUCAUAGAAGAAAUAAUAUUGAAAAAGAUAAAAAUGAUAAAAUAAUAUCAAUUAAUGAUAAUAAUUCAAUAUUAACAUUUUUAAAUAUGUUUGCAUUUUUUUUUAUUGAUCUUAUUUGGUUAUUAUGGUCAUUUAUAUAUUAUUUUACACAUCCAUUUUUUAUAUUUCCAUCAUUAAUUAUAAGUAUGUUUAUAAUAGCAACAAUAUGUUUAAUAUUUAUUCUUCUUCCUCAAAUUUAUUAUUAUUCAAAAGUAAAAAUAAAUGAUAUAGAUACAUAUAAAUCAAAAAUAACAAAUCAAUCAACAACAUUAUAUAGUAAUAAAUUAGCAUCAACAAAUGAUAUACAUGAUCAAGAAUUACUUCUCAAUGAAAAUAUAUUGAAUGAAAAAAAAAUUCAUGAAAAAAAUCUACAACAAACUUUAUCAAAUGGAAGUGAAUUAUCAUAUGAAUUAGGUAGUAGUGGAACAUUUUUACCAAUAACACGAACACCAAAAGGACCAUUUAAAGUAAAAACAAAAGAUAAAAUAGAAUCUAAUGAAAAACUUGAUAAACUAAUCGAUAAAGAACAUCAAUAUACACAAACUAUUUCAAAUAAACAAAAUGAAUUAGAUACAAAUGAAACAAAAGUUAAUGAAACAAUAUCUAAUACAAUCAUUCAAAAAGAACAACGAUUACAACCACCUCUUGCACCAUUACAACGACAUCCAACAUCAAGUAGCAUUGCUUCAGAUUUUGUAACACAUGUUGUACCAACUGGUCCUCUUAUUCAUCGAUCUGAUUUAUAUAGAAAUGCAAGUUUUGAUGUACGUCCAUCAUCAUCAUCAAUGUAUUAUUCAUCAUAUCCUCCUCCACGUCGUGAUGAAACUAUUAUACCAAUUUUAUGUAAUACAGAACGUCCACGAACAUCAACACCUGUUCAAAUGCGUAUACUUGUUAAUUCACCAUCAUCAUCUGUACCAUUAACACGUCGAAUGCAUUCUGGUUCUGAUCUUCGAUAUGUUCAACAUCCAUAUCAACAUAUUUAUCCUCCACCAACAACACCUCCUUAUUAUUCACCACAACCACAACAAUAUCUUUUUGUUGAUCCUUAUCGAACAACACGUACACGUACAGGUGAUAAUUUAUGGCAUUCAACUUUAUUACAACCAGGUUCUACAUUACAACGUUAUCCAUAUCCAUAUCGUCGAUAUCAUAUGGAUCAUCGUUCAUUAUCUCAACGUUUAUGGGAUAUUGAUAGUGGUGAUGAUGAAAAUGAAAUUGAAGAAGAUAUUAUUAAAAUUGCUGGUCGUGUAACACCAACUAAGGAACGUUUAUUUGAUUUUCGUUCAAAUGAUUUUGAUAAUGAACAUAAUAUUUUAUUACAUAUUAAUGAUGAUAAUGAAGAAAAUUUAUAUGGAAAACAAUAUGCUGAUGUUUAA